AUUGUUUGAUGUUAAAGACAAAGAGACCAAUGGAUUCAGGACCCCUUAUUAAUUAUUUUUAACCUAUUAAUGACUAUUCAUGAUUCUCACAAUAAAACUGACCCUAUAGUUUUAUUGUCUGCAUUUGAACGAAUGCUAUGGUUAAAUAUGCAUAAAAAGGUGGCAUUUAAUAUGGAUACAUUUAACCAGCAGAACUAUACUAUAUACAAGUAAUAUUUGCGUACUUAAAUUGACACUUAAUUUGUCGCAUUCUAUGAGGAAUGUUGUUUUUACUCAACAAGGGCAGUUCACAUCGAAAGUGUUUUUCCAUCCCUUCGCGUAACAGUGUAAACAAACGUUAGAACGACGACGCGUUUUGUUUUUUGACGUCGUGUCACGUUUAAGAAAACUUCAUGUCUUAAAAACGCGUCUCGACACACCUGCGUUCUUUUCUAUUCGUUGGGCUGCGUCUGGCUUUUCUGAAUGGCCCCUAAUACAUGCCACGAGUCACUCACGAGAAUUUUAAGGUGAACGUUUCCCCUCAGUAGUACUACAAUAGCGCAACACUUACUGCGAAUAAACAAACAAAAUUGGGCGUGUCAGGGGAUGUUGGUGUCGGUGCUGUCCAGACUGGUCCGUAAAUGCGUGCGUUUGUGUCCACUCUUCUUCUUGCCACGCCCCCCGAUGAUGAGCAUGUCAGGACUUGUUAUGAGAUUGGCAGAAGAAGGCGUGGCCUCAGCGAGCGCUUCACGCGAGUGAAAGCAACUUGCUGUCAUCAUCGCCGCGCGGCUAACCCUAACCCUGGAAUAACAACUACUACUGACUUCAGAACCAAAUAUUUAAAGGCUGUAUAUGGUAUGGCCCGACCAGAGAUGGAAAGCAGGGUGGGCGACCGCAACCCUGGUGCUCCACAGAGCUGCAGGAUGGAGGUGCUAUGUCAGGAUGCCUGGCAGAGUGGCAGUACCUUCCAGCCCCACCACCGGCACCGCACCAUUGCCACUCAGACCAGCACUGUAUCUGUACCACUACCCCACAUCCCCACACAAGAUGCCUUCAUCUCAGCCAGUGUCCAACAACAGGACAAUCCACUCAGGGAAAAUACAGGUACAGAACAGGAACUCAGAGAAAGACAGCAACACCUGCCUGAUCAACAAUCAGACAACCAGAGCUCCUCAGAAGACUCAAUGUCCAGCAGUGGUGACGACAAUCUCAGACUGGAGGAGCAGGCGGUAGAGAGGGUGGCUACACAACUGAGGACCAUUGGAGACGAGAUGAAUGCUGUUUUACUUCAGAGGAACGCUGCCCCACGAUGGCAAAACUGGAGGGGUCUAUACCGCGGGCUCGUUGCAUUCGUCGCUGACACCAUCAAUGCGUUCUACCAGCAUGGGCUCAGAUAAAAAAACGGUUUGAAGUCACAGGAAGAGUGCAGGCGCUCUUAAAACACUGUUUCUGCUCGGGGACUUUUCUGCAGGAUCGGAUAUCCAUUUUUUGUUUCUUUAUCUGUGAUUUUUUUUUUGUUUGUUUGUUUUUGUAUAUUUUGUAUAUCAGUUUUCUAUCUUUAUCCGAUGGAUUUUGAUGUAGUAUAGUGACUGAAGUGUCCCAGUUUAGACAUCAGUAGGUGGAGUGUGUGCCUGUGUCUGUCUCUGAUACAUGUGAAGCACAGUCAGUAGGGUUCUCAGUUUGACACGGCUGUUGUUGUCAGCGCAUUUGCGUACUCCUUUGCAUCUUUGAAUACUGUGCUGAGAGGUUGCAUUAAGCUGGGUUGCACUCAAGCAAAGAGAUUGAUUCGAUUUGCGUAGUGCCUCAGGCCCAGAAGUACUUUAUCUGUUAUGGGUUCUCCUCUUAGCUGCCUUACAGGAGCAAUAAUCGUGCAGCACUAUCAGUCACCAGUGGCGCAGGGCACGUGCCCGCACACCAUUAAUGGGAAACGGGUGAAAAUUGUCUAGACUAUCAAGAUAACGGUAUGCUUCUCUGAGUAAAGCACAUUUUAAUGGAGCAAAGUUGGAUUGUGCCUUGCUUGCAACCUUUUUGAGCCCCUUGUGUACUAUCUAAAGCAAUCAGGGACAAUCAAUGGAUGGUGUGAGGGUAAAGUGUCAGUGCCCUGUGGCCUCCUACCUGAUUUUACACUUUGGGACACAAAUUUGGCACGGAAAGGAAUAGUUCAUCCAAAAAUGAAAAAAAUAAAAAUAAAUAAAACUUCUGUCAUAAUUUACUCACUCUCAUGUUGUUCCAAACACAUUUCAUUUUCCUUCUUCCAUUGAACACUAAUGGAAACAUUAAGCAGAAUUAUAGCUUCAGUCAGCAUUCACUUUCAAUGCAUCUUUUUUCCAUACAUUGAACGUGAUUGGUGGCCAAAGCUAACAUUCGGCCUAAUAUCUCCUUUCAACAAAAAAAAAGGAAGUCAAACGGGCUUGGAACAACAUGAGGAUGAGUAGUAAAUGAUCACAGAAGAUUCAUUUCUAGAUUAACUAUUCCUUUAAUUCAAAGAUUGGUCACCUCCAAUGGAGGUACUUGUUGGAAAUCCAGACCACUAGUUUAUGAAAUGGCUGGUUCGCAGUGUUAAUAUUUGUUUGGAUUACACGUGUACAUAUAUUUGUGAGAAAAGGACAAAAGAUAGAAGGAAAUAGGAGUUCUCUUUCUUAUGUGGUGUGUAUAUUUUGAUGAAAUGCAAUGACCUAAAAGUACUUUAAUUUCCUUUUUCAAAAGAGUAAGAACAGUUUGUUGUUCUUCAUUUAUUUGGACCAACACUGGGUCACAAUUAUUGUUCUAAAAAUCCAGUCGAUUUCUUCCUAUUUGCAAAUUUAUUGACAGUUGAAUAUCUGAAGUCCUGUAAAGUUCUAAAAAAUCCCAGUUACCACAUGCGUAUAGAAGUCUCAGAAAAGCACAGUCUAAUUUAUUUUGUUUGUCCAUUUGUACGUUUGGUUAUUUCGAUGAAAUACUCCUUAAUCUUUUACAAUGAUCAAGUGGAUUAAAUAAGCAUGGAGAUAUACAUAACUGUCAUGUUCUAUGGACCAAAUAUCUCUAACUUUUUGUGAACAUUCCCCUAAACAAGUUUGUGAAUAACAGCACACUCAAUUCUCUUCUGUUAUCAUUUGUCUAAAAUAGGAUCAGACUAAUGUAAAAAAACAAAGAAAAAACAACAACAACUGAGCCAAACUAGAAUCAUACUUGAACAGAUAUGUUCUAAAUGAAUCAAUGUGAGGGUGGUCCGUUGUUUUCAGAUACAGUUUUCUCAGAUGCCUUUAACUGGAUCACCUUUACACAGUCAUAACACUGCUAUGGCUUUCAAGUACUUCCACAAAAAACUAAUUAGAUAAAACUGUGGGCAAUCAACUAAUCUAACCACUCGGUUUUGUUUUUAUGGCAUUAUGUGGACCAGAGAUGUCCAUCCUGUGUUUGCCUAACUCAUCACUUCCUGUGUCAAACAAUUGUGUGGUCUGCUUCCUGUGACCACUCAUUGAUACCUGUGUUUCUGCUAAAGCCCCUCAUCGGGGAAAGGCCUUACGUGUACUGUGAAAUCCACACUACUCUCAAGCUCAUGUCAGACUCAUUUUCUAGCUUUGUACUUUUGCCAUAUUGAUUUUUGUAUGUAAAAGUUUCUAAAUGAAUUUUGUAUAGUUUUUUCCUUGCCAUUUUCAAUAAAUA